AUGGAGGCGUUUGGAGCCAGUCAGAUGCAGGCACUGGCCGAUCUGCUCUGUCCAGACACCGCAGACGACGCCGCCUUCAUAGGGGAAACAAAAGGAAGACAUAUAAACCCUCAAAAAACAGAAAAAUAUAAAAGUAGAGCAAAGCCAAACUUUAGAGUGAAAACAAAGGUUGGGAAGAUAGACGAGUUUCAGAUUUGGACUGAAGAAGACCUUAUUGAAGGCGCCACCUUUAAACAGCUAAAGGAUAACCGCGUGGAGCCCAAGUAUGAGACUUUUGAAGACCGCGUGGUAGUCGACUCGCCUCGCCACCGAUUGAACCUCCCGCUGGCAUACGCAGUGGACUCAGACAAAGGCACUGGAAAGUGGCUGGCCCCCACAAAUUGUCUUGUCUUAAGACUGCCAAUCAAACGUAAAAUUGAAUAUGUCCACGUCUAG